AUGCUAGUGCAACAACAAAAUAUUCACGAUUCAAAUUUUUGGAUUUUCCUCGGUUUCAUGCCAAUUUCGAAAUCGUGGCACUUCAUAGUCAAAACUUCGCGGCCUAGACUUGGCGCCCGAUUUCAUUAUCUAUACACUUCGUAUCCUACUAUUGCACUGAGACAGAGUUCGUGGGAGGUGGGUACGGCUAAACGUUGUGUUCCCAGUUUACCCCUUUAUCCUUUGUCCGGCCCACGAUCAGAAAUGGUCAAAGAGCGAUACUACACCUUCGUCGGCCGCAGCUGCAACUUUCCACUGAUCCUCAUGAAGAGCGUAGUGUAUGCGCCCUCGCGCGGCUGUCAGCGGCAGCGGAGGGUCAGACGAGUUACCAACAUCGCCUGGCCGGUGUUUAGAUCGGGCCCGCUUUGUCAGCCAGGCAGAAUGCCCGAGCAAGCGCGUGUGGCCUCUGAGCCAAGCGGCCGAUGUGUACUACCAAGGGCCGUUUAG